AUGAUCCAUAGCCUGUUUCUCAUCAACAACACUGGCGAUAUCUUUCUGGAGAAACAUUGGAAGAGUGUGGUGAGCCGGUCAGUCUGUGAUUAUUUCUUCGAGGCCCUGGAGAAAGCCGGGGAGGCGGAAAAUGUGCCUCCGGUGAUCCCCACACCCCAUCACUACUUGGUCAGCACAUACAGAGACAAGAUCUUCUUCGUUGCUGUCAUUCAGUCCGAAGUGCCUCCUCUCUUUGUCAUUGAGUUUCUCCAUCGAGUGGCAGAAACUUUGCAGGACUAUUUUGGAGAAUGCUCUGAGGCUUCAAUUAAGGAUAACGUUGUUAUCGUGUAUGAACUUCUGGAAGAAAUGUUGGAUAAUGGUUUUCCAUUGGCUACUGAAUCCAAUAUCUUAAAAGAACUAAUUAAACCUCCUACAAUUCUUCGCUCUGUUGUUAACACUAUUACGGGUAGCAGUAAUGUAGGAGAUCAACUUCCAACGGGCCAACUGUCAAAUAUCCCAUGGCGAAGAGCAGGAGUCAAAUAUACAAAUAAUGAAGCUUAUUUUGAUGUUACAGAGGAAAUUGAUGCCAUCAUUGACAAAUCAGGAUCAACGGUCUUUGCUGAAAUUCAGGGUGUUAUUGAUGCUUGCAUCAAGCUAACUGGAAUGCCAGACCUCACCCUUUCCUUUAUGAAUCCAAGACUACUAGAUGAUGUCAGCUUCCAUCCAUGUGUUCGCUUUAAAAGAUGGGAAUCUGAGCGAGUUCUGUCAUUCAUUCCUCCAGAUGGAAAUUUCCGUUUGAUGUCUUACCACGUCAGCUCACAAAACUUGGUGGCAAUACCGGUUUAUGUAAAACACAACAUCAGCUUCAAAGAAAAUGGAUCUACAGGGCGAUUUGAUGUAACGAUUGGGCCAAAACAGACCAUGGGAAAGACACUGGAGAGUGUUCUAAUGAUUAUUCAUAUGCCUAAAGGAGUGCUUAAUAUGACCCUGACUGCAGCACAGGGCACUUACACAUUUGAUCCAGUUACCAAGGUGUUAACUUGGGAUAUUGGAAAAAUUACCUUGCCCAAGUUACCAGGUCUAAAGGGAGUGGUUAACCUACAAUCUGGGGCACCCAAACCAGAAGAGAAUCCAACAAUUAAUGUUCAGUUUCGAAUCCAACAACUUGCUGUAUCAGGUUUGAAAGUCAAUCGACUGGACAUGUAUGGAGAAAAAUACAAACCAUUCAAAGGUGUAAAAUAUAUCACCAAAGCAGGAAAAUUUCAAGUCCGGACAUGAGGGCAAGAAAAUAAAAUUUGAAACUUGGAUAUUUCCUGUCAUUUGGAAUUCAACUAAACAGAACAAUUAUUUUUGAAAAUUUAACAUUUCUGAAACUGCUUUUAUUGAAGUGAAAGGGAAAACAUGAAAUAUUUCUAUGAGUUAAUUGCCUUAAUUACUGAUUUUUUUAAAACAGGAAUAUGAAAACUGGCUUAUGUAAUUGGAACUGUUUUUCAUAAACAGUUCCAAUGUUUACUAAAAUAUCCUGGAUUAUGUAUGACACCAAAUACAGCAUAGUAGAAAUUAUAAAUUAGCAUCAAAUUGUGCAUGGAAACCUAUUUAUGCAUAUAUUACUACUUCAAACGAUUGACACGGUCAUGCAUGCACAUAUUUGAAAGUGUUUAGAAGGGAGCAGGUUAGCAUAGCUCAAUAGAAUUAUGUAUGUUAUCCACUGUUUGUGCCUGACAAGUACUAAAUUGCAACACUUGAAGUAGAUUACUUUAACGGUAGCCAAUAGCAUUGAAUGUUUACUGUAAUAUUCAGGAAUAGGUUUAAUAAAUAUUUUGGGUCACA